AUGGCGGCCACAAACACAACCCUACCCGCACCAAUCUCCUUUCCCAUCCACUCCCACCCAAUUCUCUCUGUGCACAUCUCCACCUAUGUCAAGUUCCAAGUUCAAUCCAACGGUGCAAAUUUCUCGAAGUGGCGUCAGAUCUUCACCCUCCUCGUCACCAUGUACAAGGUCGCUGAUCACGUGACCGAAGGGGCCGCUCCGGCCAACCCCUCCGACGACUGGCUCGCCGUUGAUAUCCAUAUCUCCCUCUGGAUCAUGGCCACUCUCAGCGACGAUCUACAGCGGCUUGUUCAAAGCACCGACGGGCGCGUCCUCUCCACAUGGACUCGCCUGCAUCGGUUCUUCUACGACAACCAGGCCUCGCGGUACCUCUACCUCAGCAAAGCCUUCCGCAACUGCCCACGUGGCGAUCUCUCCAUCACCACGUACGCCAGCAAACUGCAGGCCAUCGCCGACGAUCUGGCCGCCAUUGGGCGCCCGGUGGACGAGAGCGACCUCGUGUUGCAGUUCAUCGAUGGCCUCGGCAAGCAGUACAAACUCCAGGCCGAGAUCCUCAAGGGAAGUGGAGCCCUGCCCAGCUUCUCAGACGUCUGCUCUCGUCUACAGCUCUGCGAGGUCGACGCGGUGGCUCAGCAGAGUCACGACGCCGCCCAGGACGGUGCGCAGGCACUCGCGGUUCAUGGUGACCGCGGCAAGGCGUCGAUCCCCGGCGUCAGCCCCAACUACCGAGGAAAGAAUCUGAUCCCCGGCUUCCAACACCCCAACCAAUCAGGCGGGCAACGCGGCAACUUCACCAACGGGCGUGGCCGUGGUCGUGAUGCCUUCGAUCCUCGUGCCGCUCCUCCUGCCGGUCGCGACGGUGGCGGUCAGCAGCCUUGGCUCGGGUACUUCGCUCCGAUGGGGAUGCCGUUCCCUCCACCGCGCUCCCCUUGGAUCUCGCCGAACUCCUCUGGCGUCCUCGGCGCCCGUCCAGGUGUGCCCACACAAGCGUACGCGGCGCUGCCUGCGGCCCCGCACUUCCAGCCUGCACCGACGUACCCGGCGCCCGCCCCUGCGAUGCACCAGCAGCCCCAGUACCUGCCGCCUCAGUACCAGCCUCCGUCGUGGGAUCACAACUCCCUCCUGAUGGCUGCUCCUAGCUACGGCUCGGCGUUCCCUGCUCAAGGCGGCGAUUGGAUCAUGGACUCCGGGGCCACGUCGCAUGUCACCGGCACUCAAGACUCCCUGUCGUUGCCACUGGCACUGCUCAUCUCACCUCUCGACCUUUCACCUUAA